AUGAAGGGGUGGAUCACUGUUGCUAUUGCACUCACAAGCUGCAUAGUGGGAUGGACAAAUGACAUUGGCGUUUCUGCAGAUAGACAAACCGCCCCAGUCAGGACACCUCCCUCUCCUUGCAACGGCUUUGCUGAUGAGUACCAGCUUCCUAUCGACCAGUUCUUCUACCUCGGUGCCCACGAUGCAACCAAUCCUAAACGUCAAGAUCGCGACAUUACCGACUUGCUGUAUGAUGGGGUUCGAUGGAUUGAUCUCAAGCUUUGUCAUUCAUCUGAUAGGCAGCAGCUUACCACUUGUCCGGGUUCGGUUACACUACACGAAUUUGCCGAUCAAGUCCUUGAUUUCGCCCGUAUCGAACCAGAACAAGUUAUUAUCGUGCAUGUAUCGACACCAGAGGAUGCAUCUCUAGACAAGGCUUUUGAGGAUACUUGGGAUGAAGUAUGCAAGGUCCAUGCAGAGCGUACGGAAGGCACGGAUGAAUUUGUCAAACGCGAGUGUCCUUUCGUCUACACGCACAAAAAAGGGGGUCGAUGGCCAUCGAUUGGUGAAUUGGUGAAUUAUGAUCCAGAAAUGGCACAAUGGCAAGGUGAUGGCGAAUUAGUUGGUGUACGUUCGAGAAUCAUCCUUACAGCCGAACCCUCUGUGGCAAAGGGAACGACCUACUUUUCAAAGCCAUUUUGGCGUUCAUCAACAACACAAGGUGCCGGAAAGCUUAAAGAGCAUAUGCAUGAACUUUGCAAAACUUCAGGUGGAAUAGCUCUUGAAGCUUAUGCUGACAAACAAGGCGAUGACAUUGUUGACGAGACUUUUGAUCCUGUUACUUGGGAGGAGAUCAUCAUGUCGUCAGCUGCAUGCAACAUCAAUGGCACACCUCGCGACAGCCGCCUCAGCUUGAUUCAAGUCGACUUUUACGAGAAGCAUAUGGAUUACUUGCUUGAGUUGCAGCAACGUAUGGUUCCGAUGAAUUAUGCAAAGUGGAAAGGAAACGAUUACACUGUGUCACCAUCCAGGCUUGUCACCCUUCGACGUGUAAAAGAUGAACUAUAG